AUGUCGACUACCCACGACUACUCGAACGGCUCCGGUAAGAUGGACCUCAAGGCCCACGACGCAGCGCCGCGCAUGUCCGUCGAGGACAAUGCCGACCACUUCCUCGAGUCCUUGGGCUACAAGCCCGAGCUGCAGCGCAACCGCUCCACGGCUCAGGUCGCAUUCAUGUCCUUCGUCCUCGCCUCCAUCCCGUACGGUCUCGCGACCACCCUCAUCUACCCCAUGAUUGGCGGCGGCUCCGUCGUCGUCAUCUGGGGCUGGGUUCUCGUCUCCCUCAUCAUCGUCUGCGUCGCUGCCUCUCUUGGCGAGAUUACUAGCGUCUAUCCCACUGCUGGAGGUGUCUACUAUCAAGCCUUCAUGCUUGCCCCGGCCAAUUGGCGUCGCAUUGCCAGUUGGGUCUGCGGCUGGCUCUACGUCGUCGGAAACAUCACCAUCACCCUCGCCGUCAACUUCGGUACCGCACUCUUCUUCAUUGGCUGCAUCAACGUCUUCGACAAGGGUCUCGACGCCGAAGGCAAUCCCAUCCCCAUGAUUGAGGGUACCAGCUGGCAGCAGUUUCUCAUCUUCCUCGCCAUUACCAUCCUCUGCAACCUCGUCUCCUCCCUCGGAAACAGGUGGCUGCCCUGGAUCGACACGGCCGCCAUCUUUUGGACAUUUGCCGGUGUCAUCGCCAUUACCAUUACCGUCCUUGUCAUGGCCAAGAGCGGCCGAAACUCUGCCGCCUACGUCUUUGGUCACUUUGAGACGUCGUCAGGCUGGCCCAAGGGCUGGUCCUUCAUGGUCGGUCUCUUGCACGCCGGCUACGCCACUUCAUCUACCGGCAUGAUUAUCUCCAUGUGCGAAGAGGUCCAGGAACCCGCUACCCAGGUCCCCAAGGCCAUGGUCGCCACCAUCUUCAUCAACACCUUUGCUGGCCUUCUCUUCCUCAUCCCUCUCAUGUUCGUCAUGCCCGCCCAGGAAAUCGCCGCCAUCAUCGCCUCCGGCCAGCCCGUUCCGUACAUCAUCAAGGCGGCCGUCGGCUCCCCCGGUGGCGCCAUCGGUCUCCUGAUUCCUCUCAUGGUCCUCGCCUUGAUCUGUGGUAUCGGCUGCACCACGGCCGCCUCCCGAUGCGUCUGGGCGUUUGCUCGCGACGGUGCCAUCCCCGGUUCCAAGUGGUGGGUCCAGGUCAACCACAAGCUCGACGUGCCCCUGAACGCCAUGAUGCUCAGCAUGGUUGUCCAGGUUGUGCUCGGCCUCAUCAACUUUGGUUCCGCCGUUGCCUUCAACGCCUUCUCGGGUGUCGGUGUCAUUUGCCUGACUGCCGCCUACGCCACCCCCAUUGCCAUCAACAUGCUCACGCGUCGCCGCAAGGUGGCCGACGCGGCGUUCCGUCUCGGCAAGUUUGGCUACGUUGCCAACACCAUCGCCGUCGCUGCAGCCUGGUCUCUUCUGGCCCUCCCCCUCUUCUGCAUGCCCACCAACUAUCCCGUCACCAACGUCGCCAAUGUCAACUUUGCCUCGGUCGUCUUUGCCGCCGCCAUGACCAUUUCUGCUCUGUGGUACGUGGUCUGGGGUCACCGUAACUAUGCCGGUCCUCCCGUGCAAGAGCACGAGCACAUGCAAUAA